AUGCCGCCCGAGCAGGUGCUGCGGGAGGGGGUGCUGGAGAAGCGCAGCGGCGGGCUGCUGCAGCUGUGGAAGCGCAAGCGCUGCCUGCUGGGCGAGGCGGGGCUGCGGCUCUUCGAGGCGGGCGGCCGGGGCUCGACGCGCUGCAAGGAGCUCGGCUUCGCGCGCCUCCGCGCCGUCGAGUGCGUGGAGUGGAAGCAGCGGCACGUCUACUUCACCCUGGUCACCCGCGGCGGCGCCGAGAUCGACUUCCGCUGCCCGCAGGAGGAGCCCAGCUGGCACGCCGACAUCGCCCUGGCGCUGGUGCGCUUCCAGAACCAGCAGGCGGUGCAGGCGGUGCGCGCCAGGCACAGCUGCCGGGCCGCAUUUCAACACGAAACAACCCCAGCUGGCCAGAUUCUGGUGAACGGGCCAAAGGAGCCAGAUCCACAGCUCGGUUUGGGAAGAGUGGAAGAGCUGAUGGCUGUGAAUUCACCUGCCAACGGACAGAAGGCAAUUCCCAGCUGCCACUGACUGUAGACUGGUUAGAUCUGUUCUGUGGCAUCAUUGCUGGGAAGUGAAGUGGUGCCUGAAGCAGCUAGUAAAACCUGGAGCACAAAUAUAACU